GUUGAUUUAAGACUGAUUUGAAAAAUUGUGGACCCGUCAGUGGAUUAUCUGAUAAACAAGAAACCCAAAACCCCUAAAAAAAUGUAUUUUUGGCAGUAUUCAUUUUAUUUUUUGUUUUUGUUUCAUCAUUUUGUCGAAUGCAGUGAAUUACCUUUUCAUCUCACUUGAUUCAUUCAUUCCUCUCUCCUGUGUGUUUUUAAAGAAAGAAGAUGAAACUCUUGUUUCCCUUGUUUACUAUUUGAUUUGACAGACUCUCACUCUACAGGGACAUCUUGUGGCUACAAGUUGACAACACAGUUCCCUUAGUGAUGUAAUACAUGUGAGAUCAUUAUUCCAGGACAUACAGUGAGAUGAGAGACUUUAGUGACAAACCCUGAAUGUCUUUUCAAAACAUAUCCUUUCCAUAGUCAGUUAAUGCAGGUUUAAGUGACAAUUUGAAUGCAGCAGUUUUACAUACAUUGAAGUACUGUUACUUUUACCUAAUUAAAGGAUUUGUAUGUACUGGGCGUUUUUAGUUUCUUGCAGCAGUUAUGUGCGGAGACUCUUUAGGGGCAAAUAAGUAAAAAAGAGCACCUCUACUGUCCACAGAGUAAAGGUUACACUAACUUUAGGGAUACUUGAACCAAUCAGAAAGUCAGGGAUGUUCGACCCCUCUUGACUGAGAGCCUAUAACUCAAAGACUGUCAAACCACAGGAAGAGGAAGUUCUAACUUACAUUAUAAUUUAGCUGCAUUCAGUCUGAUGCUCAGACAGUCAGCAGCAAGACAGCAUGAAGGUCACAGCUCUCUGCUUCAGACUGUUGAUGCUUGAAAUCAUUCAGCAAGUUCAGGAAAGUGAUGCAUCUUUUCUUCGUAUCACUCCAAACAGACUGCAGCAUUUUCAGUAUGACUCAGUUUCUCUUGACUGUGUCGGGUUUGAUGACUCAACUCAGUUGAGAGGAAUCAGGAAUAAUGAGGAAUUUACUCCUGUAUGUGAUAUGAAGAGGACGCCAACAGGGUCCCUCUGCACCAUUGAGGGAGCCUAUCCUGAAGAAAGCGGAGAAUACUGGUGUGAGACUGAUGGAGGAGAGAGAAGCAACAGUGUCAACAUCACUGUCACUGCUGGUUCUGUGAUCCUGGAGAGUCCCGUCCUUCCUGUGAUGGAGGGAGACAAUGUGACUCUGCGCUGCAGAAACAAGACAAACUCCACCAACCUCCGAGCUGAUUUCUACAAAGAUGGUGUCCUCAUGAAGAGCACUGCAGCAGCAGAGAUGACCAUUAACAAUGUCUCCAUGUCUGAUGAAGGACUCUACAAGUGCACCUCUGAUGUCGGAACAUCACCAGAGAGCCGGUUGGCUGUCGGAGCAAAGAGUGUUUCUGUCACCUCUCAAACACCUCAUGAAGGGAACCAUACUGUCCUCCAUCACUCCUCCAUCCCCACCCACCUCCCCCUGUGGGUUGCUGUUAUCAUUGUAACAGUGUCCCUGGUGCUGCUGCUGGUGGGAUUUCUUUGUAUUGGGAGACACAGAGGUACAGCAGUGUUCUGCUUUUCCUCAAAGACAUCAUCAGGCUCAAGUGAGCACAAUCAAAUAGUCUUUGGAGACGACACUGCAGGUGAUCGAAGCGGUGUAACGUAUGCAGUCAUGACCAUUAAACAGAGACGAGACAAAGCUUCAGACACUGCAGGUGCUGCUGAUAGUCUGAGCCGUGACACAAACCACAGAAGAAAACUAGAGACACAAAAAGAUGAAGAUGAAUCUUCACGACAACCUGUUUACUCUGCCUUGAAGUUAGAUGAGACUCCACAAGCUCUCCAAACUGCAGAAUCAGGAUUAUCCAGCUCCACAGUGACCCAGAACCCCACAUAUCAAAGUUUAUCGGAGCAGGAGAUUCUUUAUUCACCCAUCCAGGUAAGACUGAAGGUAUUUCUGGACUUCAGCAGCAACUUUGUCUUUAUUUUACUAAUUACUCUUUAGAGGGGAUCUCAAAUAUCCCAUGCUACACCUUCAUAUGCUCCUCUAACUGUGAAUCUUCUUACUGUGAAUGUAAGUGGUGUCCAUCAAAAGUUCGUCAGGGAAUUAAAGACUCAGUACAAAGCUCCAGGUUCGAUCUUUCCCUUUAAACAAGUUACACUAGUGAACAUGCAACUUGCAUAUUUUCAUAGUCUUUGUCCUCAAACUUGGAGAUUCACUCUUAACCUUGGAAACACAAGCUGUGGUAAAAUAUUCAAAACUCAAAGUUCAUUUACUUACAUUUUUAAAGCAUAUUUCAUGGUCUUCUGCAGUGAAUGAGACUUGCUCAGAUGUCUUCUAAAAUUGUGUACUUGUG